AUGAAUGACUUUCAAUUCAACGAGUUAAAAAGUAUAAUUGAGAAUGAGCUAGACAGCGAUAAAAAGUGGAAUAAAGUCACAGAUAAGAAUAAUCAUCAAGACGAUGGAGGUUACAAGCGGGAAAUAGUUACUCACUAUGAGAUGGACAAAACUAAACGCAACUAUGCUGUGAUAUUAAACCAUGAGAUUUAUGACAAAACAUUUUUGGAACCGUCAUGUAAGCGAGAGGGUACCAAUGUUGAUUGCAAAAAUUUAAUAGAUACCUUGGAAUUCUUGUCAUUUGAAGUUGAUGAGUUUUCAAAUUUGACUUAUAGCCAAAUUGUUCAGAGACUCAGAAAAGUUGCAGAUAUGGAUCACACUCAACAUAAUUGUCUACUUAUCGUCGUAAUGACUCACGGAGAUCUCGGUAUACUUUAUGCUUACGACACAAUGUAUUAUGCCCGAGACAUUUGGUCUUUCUUUACCCCAGAAAAGUGUCCGUCACUUGUGGGUAAACCAAAAUUAUUUUUCAUGCAAGCUUGUCAAGGUAAACUCUUAGACGAUGGCAGUAUUUUGAGUGAACAGACUGUGACUGACGGAUCGUCAUUUAACUUCAACUCGCUGAUAACCGAUGCGGACUUUUUAGUCUUCUAUGCAUCUGUUGCAGAUCAUCGUUCCUUUCGUAAUGAACAACAAGGGUCAUGGUUCAUACAAACUGUUUGCCGUCAGUUGCGAGAAAGAGCUACCAAAGAAGAUAUUUUAACUGUUCUUACGUAUGUUAUUCAACAUGUUGCCUUAGAUUUUGUCUCCAGAGCACCAGAAAAACCCUUGAUACAUGAAAAAAAACAAACACCAUGCAUCAUAUCGAGACUAACCAAAUUACUUCAAUUUUAUCCAAAGAACGAAUCUGAUUAG